ACCAGCAGGAAGUGAAAGCUAGGGAACGGGUUGUUUUAGGAAACGGGUUUUGUUGAUGAACCACUUGUCACAGCGCCAUAGACUCACAUAGUCACAGUCUGGAACAUGAUGACUCCUCUACUCUUCUUCGCCUUCCUCCUCCUCUCUUGUCUGCCAGGGUGUUGUAUCCGAGAAAGAGAGAGAGAGAGAGAGACAGAGAUGUGGAUGGAAGGAGGUGUUGUGGGGGGACUCCAGAAUUCAAUAUGGUACAUCGGGAUGCAGUUUUUCCACAUUUCUCUGUCAUGCUCGGAAAUGUGAAGCCUAUUAUGUUCAGCAAGGACACAUUGUGCGCGACAUUGCAAUAAAACCCUUACACAGCUAAGGAAAUUGCCUCAUUAUCCUCGACAGAGCUUUCUUUUUUUCUUACCAGCAUGACUGCGAAUUGCACAAGCUACUACAGCGCAGAAAAUGCUUUUGUGAAUGGCUUUUUGUGCCCUAAAGCGGGAAGCGGUGCCCACGCGGUAUUCUGCUGCGGAUUUAACGAUAUCAAGUAUUGCUGUGAUGACCCCAACAGUUUUUUCCCCUACGAGUAUGCAUACAUGUGGUGGCUUAGCGUCGGGGCCCUGAUAGGUCUGUCCAUAGCAGCAGUGGUCCUGCUGGCCUUCCUCAUCACAGUCUGUGUCCUCUGCUACCUCUUCAUCGCCACCAAGCCCAGUCGCCUUGACAACGGCCUGCCACUCAGAACACCAGGAGUGGUUCCCAUUCCCAGUGAGGAACCCAGCAGUCACUCCGGUGCGCGGCCUCCCAGUGGUCCCCAGGGCUUCAGGAAGAACUUCCUCAGCCGGAAGCUGGACUGUGACAACCAGCCUCCCGACCCUGAGAGACUGUUCCAGAAGUGCUUCAUGGCAACCGUCACAACUGUCAACAUGGAGGGCCCUUCUUAGGAGCACUUGGAAGGACCCCUUAUAAGGGGGCUAGAUGUUCACUUGUUUUGGAAUGAGUGUGUUAAAGGACCAAUGAAUCACAAAAAAGGAUCCUUUUCAACCUGUCAAUCACACAUACUGUACAGUUGAAGUCGGAAGUUUACAUACACCUUAGCCAAAUACAUUUAAACUCAGUUUUUCACAAUUCCUGACAUUUAAUCUUAGUACAAAAUCCCUGUUUUAGGUCACUUAGGAUCACCACUUUAUUUUAAGAAUGUGAAAUGUCAGAAUAAUAGUAGAGAGAAUAAUUUAUUUCAGCUUUUAUUUAUUUAUUCACAUUCCCAGUGGGUCAGAAGUUUACAUACACUCAGUUAGUAUUUGGUAGCAUUGCCUUUAAAUUGUUUAACUUGGGUCAAACGUUUCUGGUAGCCUUCCACAAGCUUCCCACAAUAAGUUGGGUGAAUUUUGGCCCAUUCCUCCUGACAGAGCUGGUGUAACUGAGUCAGGUUUGUAGGCCUCCUUGCUCACCAGUGCUUUUUCAGGAUUGAGGUCAGGGCUUUGUGAUGGCCACUCCAAUACCUUGACUUUGUUGUCCUUAAGCCAUUUUGCCACAACUUUGGAAGUAUACUUGGGGAUCAUUGUCAAUUUGGAAAACCAAUUUGCGACCAAGCUUUAACUGAUGUCUUGAAAUGUUGCUUCAAUAUAUGCACGUCAUUUUCCACCCUCAUGAUGCCAUCUAUUUUGUGAAGUGCACCAGUCCCUCCUGGAGCAAAACACCCCCACAAUAUGAUGCUGCCACCCCCAUGCUUCACUGUUGGGGUGGUGUUCUUCGGCUUGCAAGCCUCCCCCUUUCUCCUCCAAACAUAACAAUGGUCAUUAUGGCCAAACAGUUCUAUUUUUGUUUCAUCAGACCAGAGGACAUUUCUCCAAAAAGUACGAUCUUUGUCCCCCCCAUGUGUAGUUGCAAACUGUAGUCUGGCUUUUUUUAUGGUGUUUUUCGAGCAGUGGCUCCUUCCUUGCUGAGUGGCCUUUCAAGUUGUAUCGAUAUAGGACGUGUUUUACUGUGGAUAUAGAUACUUUUGUACCUGUUUCCUCCAGCAUCUUCACAAGGUCCUUUGCUGUUGUUCUGGGAUUGAUUUACACUUUUCACACCAAAGUACGUUCAUCUCUAGGAGACAGAAUGAGUCUCCUUCCUGAGCGUUAUGACGGCUGCGUGUUCCCAUGGUGUUUAUACUUGCUUACUAUUGUUUGUACAGAUGAACAUGGUACCUUCAGGCGUUUGGAAAUUGCUCCCAAGGAUGAACCAAACUUGUGGAAGUCUACAAUUUUUUUUCUGAGGUCAUGACUGAUUUCAUUUGAUUUUCCCAUGAUGUCAAGCAAAGAGGCACCGAGUUUAAAGGUAGGCCUUGAAAUACAUCCACAGCUACACCUCCAAUUGACUCAAAUUAUGUCAAUUAGCCCAUCAGAAGCUUCUAAAGCCAUGACAUAAUUUUCUGGAAUUUUCCAAGCUGCUUAAAGGCACAGUCAACUUAGUGUAUGUAAACGUCUGACCCACUGGAAUUGUGAAGCAGUGAAUUAUAAGUGAAAUAAUCCGUCUGUAAACGAUUGUUGGAAAAAUGACUUGUGUCAUGCACAAAGUAGAUGUCCUAACCGACUUGCCAAAACUAUCGUUUGUUAACAAGAAAUGUGUGGAGUGGUUGAAUAACAAGUUUUAAUGACUCCAACCUAAGUGUAAACUUCCGACUUCAACUGUAUAUAAACAUAUGGAAGAGAUGUACAUUUGGAGGUGAGUGGUCAAUGAUCACCAUGGACAAUCUCUAACCUCUGAACUCUGACCAUGGUCCUAACGAAUGUCUAUUAAGUCAUAAACUCUGUAUUGCACUGUUGUUUGGUCUGCGGAUGAAAAUGGCUGAGUGUCUUCUUCAUGAGGAAAUAGACUGAUUGUCAUGCUUACAGCCAGGCAAGACCGCAAAGGACCUAGGUGUAUCUAAGGACAUUCUACAUGUCUCAACCGAAUCUUCAAUCUGACUCUGAAUCUAAAACUAUUUUUUUGAUGGAAAUGGUAGUUCAUCUGUCUUUUGGGAUUGAGAAAUACAUUUUCACAACUGAUUGUACAGUAAUUAUACUCCACAAAGACCCUUUUGGGGGUAAUUCCGUAAAAGAAGUAUAGAGUUUUUAUCUUGAUCAAUAUCUGCAUCUAACACUUUUUGGAAAUGUGUUGUACAGUUUGUCUAAAAUGUUAAUUUGGUUGAGCGUGUUGCCCAGGAGAUAUAAGUAUAUUUCACAAUGAAAAUAAUUGAUUGACAAGUCAUUUUUACAUCAAAUGGAAUACAUAGAAUCAAUUAUGUCUGUCUUGGUGUGUAAGUAUUUGUUAGAAUGUUCCAAAAUUGCCCAAACCUUGAAUUGGAUUCAAAGGUUAAAAGGCAUUUUUAUUUUAAUAGAGAUAUUAAGAGACUUGUGUUGGUGAAACAAUGCAUGUUGAAUCUUCUGUGAACUGUUAGGGUGUGUUUUCCCAGUACUCAAAAUUUAAAAAAAUUGAAGUACCAAAAUUUGCAAAGAUAAA